AGGCGGCGGCGGCCAGGGAGGGGCUUUGGGGGCGGGAGGGGCGGCGGAGGAGGGGAUGAGGAGGACGAGGGUGAGGGCGAGGCGCGCAGGAGGGACGUGCGAGAGCUGCUGGCUGAGUCAGCGGCAGACGCGGCGCGAGCCGCCUACGCGCGCGCCGCGUUUGCCGCGUUGCUGCGCGCCGGCUGGUCUGCGGCGGCGCGCGACGCGCGCGGCGCCGGCGCGGGGGACGCCGCUGAGCUGGCGCUGCGGCGGUGCAGCGCUGACCUGGCAGAGAUUAGGGAUCCGCGGGGCCUGCCGCAGGCAGCGCUCGCCGCGUAUGUGCGUGCCGAGGGCGGCGGCGCGGCUCGGCUGGCCGAGCUCGUUGCAGCGCACGAGGCGGGCGCGGCGGCGGUCGAGGGGGGGCUGAGGUCCAUGGUGGAGGCGGCGGCGGCGCAGCGGCGGCCGGGGGCGCUGCGGGGUGCGGCGGCGCUGGUGGCGCUCUGGGUGGCGCUGUUGGCGGCAGCAUGGCUGCUGCUCGUGCUGGCGGGAGGGCGGCCGGGCCCGGGCCAGAGCGAAGCAGUGGUGGCCGUGUAA